AUGACUUCCCCCCAUCUAUCAGAACCGAUCAUCAUUAUCGGCGGUGGCACCUUUGGCACUUCAACAGCCUACCAUUUGGCAAAGAAAAAUUACACCAAUGUUAUCGUUCUUGAUCGAUUCGCCGUGCCUUCGAAAGAGGCAGCUGGUAACGAUAUCAACAAGGUUGUCCGCACAGAAUAUCCAGAGCCUCUGUACGCCAAGUUAGCCUCCGAUGCGAGAACCAUAUGGAGCGAUCCCAAGGGCUUGUUUGCUGGGCUUUACAACCCGAGUGGCUGGAUCAUUGGGGUGAGCGAUCGUUCACAAGCCUUUGUGGACGGCUCAAUAAAAAGCGCCCAAGCCCUCGGAUUUGAGCCACCGCGACUUAUGUCCACCGAGGAGAUCCAUAAGAGAUGGCCCGUGCUGAAUGGAGACUUUCAAGGUUGGAGUUCAUAUUGGAGUCCCAAUGCCGCAUGGGUAAAUGCCAGGCAAGGGAUUGUGCGGAUGGCUGAAGAAGCCAAGAAAGCUGGAGUAAAGUACAUCUCUGGCGAUGCGGGGUAUGCGCAACAGUUGCUUUAUGAUGAGCAUCAGACGUGUAUUGGCGUCAAAUGUGUGAAUGGCACAAAUUAUUUCGGAAAUAAGAUUGUUCUUGCAGCGGGGGCUGCGUCGGGGAGACUUCUAGAUUUAAAAGGGCAAAUUGUGGCUUACGGUCAUACCGUUGGUCAUAUCCAACUGAACCCCGAAGAAGUUGAGAAGUAUCGAACAAUGCCGAUGAUUGAUCAUCUUGAGGGAGGCCUCCUGUUCCCUCCACAAGAAGACGGUAUCAUGAAAAUUGGGGCGAUUCACUUUGUCACAAACUACGCGAAAUCCUACAACGGAUUAUCACUUCCUCGCUACCGCUCUGACAAUCCUUCAGAUGGAAUACCUGACGAGAUUGAAGCUCGUCUUCGGAAUUGGAUGACAGAAUUUGUGCCAGAGCUUGCUCAGCGAGAGUGGGUUGAAACUAGGAUCUGCUGGGAUGGCGAUAUGCCUGAUUACCACUUUCUGAUUACACCACAUCCAAUCCACAAGAAUCUAGAGAUUGCGACUGGUGGAUCCGCCCACGGGUUCAAGUUUCUUCCGGUUCUGGGUCAGUAUAUUGUCGAAAUGAUGGAAGGUACUCUUGAUCCGGAGAUCGCCAAAAAAUGGAAGUGGAGGCCUGGUGUGACCGCUGGGGAUUAUUCAACGAUUCCUCACCAGGAGACAUCGAAGGAUCUUAACGAUAUGUCUGGUUGGGGGAUACCUACGGAGAGCUUA